AUGACAAAGCUUAUCAUCUCCACCGGGAAUAUCGUCUCGGGCGGCCCCUCCAUCAUCCGCAAACCCGGCGCAUACCGUUCUAACCUCGAACUCACAAAUUCCCUGCGAAGCAAUUUCCUCGCCGCUCAGCAGGACUACUCUGCUGCUGCCUCGCCCGAGUCCGAGGCUGAGGCCACGACGCCGGCCGAGACCAACGGGUUCACCAAUGGUCACACCAGCAAUGGCAACAUUCCCAACGGCCUGAAUGGUCAUACCAAUGGCCAUCUGACCAAUGGCAACGGCAACGGCCACAGCACCAGCAACGGCAACGGCUCCAAUAGCCCGCGCUUCGACGCCAACGGCCGCCCGCGCCUCGAUAUCUGGACAGCCCUCGAGGAUCAUACCGACACGCUCUACGUGCCCCGCAUUGACUGGGAUCUGGCCGGCCUGCAGGAGGAGCCCUCUGCUUACGACGUCACGGUCAAGCUCUUCUUCCUGCCCUCGGCCUCGGUCGCCGACCGCGCGCGCCAUGCCAGCGAAGCCCUGGCCCUUGUCCGCCGCGAGCUCGACAUUGAGCGCGUCGACCUACUCAUCGCCAGCUUCCCCGACAUGUCCUUUGAGGGCGACUGCGAGUGGGAGGCUGACAAGCGCAAUGCCCAGCAGGGCGAUGUUGAAGCCGAGGCCGCGACCUGGGCUGUCCUUGAGGAUCUGCAGCGUCAGGGCCUUGUAAGCAACCUUGGGAUCGCCGAGUUUGGCACCGAGAAGCUCGCGGCAUUCCUCAAGAAGGUCAACGUCAGGCCAGCCGUCGACCAGAUCAACAUCCACAACUGUUGCAAUGUGCCGCCGCCUCUUAUUCAGCUGGCCAAGGCCGAGGGCAUCGAGCUGCUCGUGCACACAGACUGCACCGAUGUGCUGCCCAAGGGCACGCUGCGCGAACUACUCGGCCACGGCCUGCAGGGCGCCGGCGUUCUGGCUGACCCUGUCGAGGGACACGACGGCUUGCGCGGAGAGCUAGAGCCCCAGUGGGUCGUCAAGUACACGGCGUUCGUCAAGAACCGCGGCGUCAUCGAGAAUAAGGGCUACUUUGCUGGUGCGGAGCUCGUCGCGGCGGCGUGA